AGCGAGGGAAUGCGCACGCGCGUGUAUACCGGGAAACAAGGUGGGAGCGAAGGAGAACGCACGCCCGUAUAUACCGGGAAAGAAUAUGGGAGCGAGGGAGUGCGCACACGCCCGUAUAUACCGGGAAACAAGGUGGGAGCGAGGGAGUGCGCACGCCCGUAUAUACCGGGAAACAAGGUGCAAGGGAGGAGUGCGCACGCGUGUAUAUACCGGGAAACAAGGUGGGAGCGAGGGAGUGUGCACGCGUGUAUAUACCGGGAAACAAGGUGGGAGCGAGGGAGUGUGCACGCACGUAUAUUCCGGGAAACAAGGUGCGGGCGAAGGAGUGCGCACGCGCGUAUAUACCGGGAAAGUGGGUGCGAGCGAGCGAGUGCGCGCACACGUAUACCGGGAAAGAGGGUGCGAGCGAGGGAGUGUGCGCACACGUAUACCGGGAAAGAGGGUGCGGGCGAGGGAGUGCGCACGCACGUAUAUACCGGGAAACAAGGUGGGUGCGAGGGAGUGCACGCGCCCGUAUAUACCGGGAAACAAGGUGCGGGCGAGGGAGUGCGCACGCCCGUAUAUUCCGGGAAACAAGGUGGGAGCGAGGGAGUGCGCACGCGUGUAUAUACCGGGAAACAAGGUGGGAGCGAGGGAGUGUGCACGCCCGUAUAUUCCGGGAAACAAGGUGGGAGCGAGGGAGUGUGCACGCGUGUAUAUACCGGGAAACAAGGUGGGAGCGAGGGAGAACGCACGCGCGUAUAUACCGGGAAACAAGGUGGGAGCGAGGGAGUGCGCACGCGCGUAUUUACCGGGAAAGUGGGUGCGAGCGAGGGAGUGCGCACACACGUAUAACGGGAAAGAGGGUGCGAGCGAGGGAGUGUGCGCGCGCACGUUUACCGGGAAAGAGGGUUCGAGCGAGGGAUACCAGGAAAGAGGGUGCGAGCGAGUGUGAGAGUGUGCACACACACAUACCGGGAAAGAGGGUGCGAGCGAGGGAGUGUGCGCGCACACGUAUACCGGGAAAGAGGGUGCGAGCGAGGGAGUGUGUACACACGUAUACCGGGAAAGAGGUUGCGAGCGAGGGAGUGUGCUCACACGUAUACCGGGAAAGAGGGUGCGAGCGAGUGUGCACACACAUACCGGGAAAGAGGGAGUGUGCACGUGUGUGCAGACAGGAAAAGGGAGUGCGCGUGUGUAUUCCAGCAAAGGGAGC